CGCGGGAAGACGCGUCGUCCAUUGUGGAUUAUACUUUUUAAUUUACAAAUAAACUUGAGUGAUAGUGAUAAUGCCAAACAUUAUAAAUGAGGUUAAAUUAGAUUUUAAGGAUGUACUCUUACGGCCUAAGAGGAGCACUCUUAAAAGCAGAAAUGAUGUGGACAUGUACCGAGAAAUAACAUUCCGCAACUCCGGUCAGACGUAUCGGGGAGUCCCCGUUAUGGCGAGCAAUAUGGACACCGUCGGCACUUUUGAAAUGGCGAAGGAACUGUCAAAGCACGGAUUAUUCACAUGCAUCCAUAAAUACUACUCGGUGGAACAAUGGAAGAAAUUCGCGGAAGAAAAUCCUGAAUGCUUGGAACAAAUGGCGGCGAGUUCGGGUACAGCUGAAGUGGACUUCGAACGUCUCUCCGAAAUCUUGAACAAUGUAAAGGAUCUCAAAUUCAUUUGUCUGGAUGUAGCGAACGGAUACUCUCAGCACUUUGUUGAGUAUCUCAGGAAAGUUCGCGCGGCAUACCCUACACAUACAAUUAUAGCUGGCAAUGUUGUCACUGGGGAGAUGGUUGAAGAGCUCAUAUUAUCAGGAGCUGAUAUAAUUAAGGUGGGAAUCGGUCCAGGAUCGGUUUGCACGACUCGAAUAAAGACCGGCGUGGGAUACCCUCAGCUAUCAGCUGUCAUCGAGUGCGCAGACGCAGCACAUGGACUCAAAGGACAUAUCAUUUCGGACGGCGGCUGCACGUGCCCGGGCGACGUGGCGAAGGCGUUCGGCGCCGGCGCGGACUUCGUGAUGGCGGGCGGGAUGUUCGCCGGACACGACCAAUGCGGGGGGGAGGUGGUCACCAAGCCCGACGGGAAGAAGGUCAAGCUGUUCUACGGCAUGUCCUCUUCCACCGCCAUGUUGAAACAUUCGGGUGGCGUUGCGGAUUACCGUUCCUCUGAAGGAAAAACAGUAGAAGUGGAAUACCGAGGAGAUGUCGAAGUGACUGUUAAAGAUAUCCUGGGCGGUCUCCGGUCUGCGUGCACGUACGUAGGAGCGGCCCGGCUAAGGGAACUCCCGAGGCGAGCGACCUUCAUCAGGUGCUGUAGACAAGCGAAUGAUGUCUUCUCUUAACUCAUGGUAGCCUGGUACUUGGAUGAGCGGGAUGUGUUGAAAUUUUGAAUAUCGAAUAGGGAUGGAAUGCAGAUUGUUAUACUGAAUUAGAUAGCAAUGUUACAAAAAAAUAUGUUGACAUCAUUCAUGUUUGCUAGUUUAAAUAUACAAAAAAUAUGUUUUAAAAAAAUGCUGGGAAUAUUUGAUUAUUAAGUCAACAUAAAGGAUGAUUGUUUUUUUUUUUUAAUGUAGACAAAUUAUCCACGAAUAAGCAAAGGUAUACAAUUUUAGGCUCAAUAUUCACCUUUUAAUAAUAAUCGUUUUAUUUUGAACUAAAAACGACAAAAACAUCAAUUUUAAUAAAUUAAUUAAAAUACUUGUGCCUAAUUUUACUACAAGUGAUAUUUAUUUUACCAAAAAAAAAACGUUACAAAUGAUUUUGUAUCAAUACAAAUGCUUCAAAUGAACUGACAAAGUGGCUUUUCUGGUUGUUUCUCUAAAUCUUUUGAGCACCGCCGCGACGUCGGUUCCAGCCCGAGUCCGGCGCCCCGUUCCGUUCCCGUAUUCUAUCAAAUGAUCUGUUCAUAUUAUUAUUAUAUAACCUAUUAGCGCUUACGUGUCUUAAUGAGGAAUAUUCGACAUAUUUCAAAAAAAUAAUUUCAUAAUUAGCGUUAAAAUAAAAUACUAUGGAGACUCCUAUUGCGCUCAUACAUAGGGUUAGCAAAUUCAGUCCAUAAACAUUACUUAAAAACUAUGCGUUCAUUAAAGCUUGGAUAAAGUUGACAAAGUAUCGGUGGAACACAUCAACAAUGCUGUUCUGUACGAACACACUUCGUAUCUCACUUGUGAAUUGGUAAAUCGACUUACGGUGAUACGCGAUUUUGAUGCAUGUAUCAUUUAACAUUUGUGUUAUAAUUUUAUGAUAGAAAAUGUCGCAUAUUACUUUCAGAAAUUUCAAGAUCA